AAAAAAAAACCUUUCAGCCCAUGUACAAGGCUAGAGUAAUAUACGACGUGCGAAGAUGUGCUGUUUAUAGCCAUUCAAAUUUCCUGUUUCUACGGCUAUAUUAAUAUUCAUUUGGAUUCAGUACAUUUGCUCAAAUUUUCUCCUCUUUCUUAUCAAAGCCAAGAAGAGCGUUUCAAUUUGCAAUUCUGAUAGUUUGAUACUAGGUGUUAUUAUUAUUCUUAUUAUUAUUAUUUAUUUUUUUGGUGGACAAUCUAAUUAACAACGUACUCUCUUUCGCUAAUGGUGAAUACGAUUCGUUGAGGGAAGUCAAAAUGGCAUACAAGGUGGAUCAUGAGUAUGAUUAUUUAUUCAAGAUUGUUCUGAUUGGAGAUUCAGGUGUCGGAAAAUCUAACAUUCUUUCCAGAUUUACGCGAAAUGAAUUCUGUUUGGAGUCUAAAUCCACCAUUGGCGUCGAAUUUGCAACACGGACGCUUCAGGUAGAAGGGAAGACAGUAAAGGCACAAAUAUGGGACACAGCAGGGCAAGAAAGGUAUAGAGCCAUAACAAGUGCUUAUUACAGAGGAGCCGUGGGAGCGCUCUUGGUUUACGACAUAACCAAGAGACAAACUUUUGAAAAUGUGCAUAGAUGGCUCCGCGAGCUAAGGGAUCAUGCUGACUCCAACAUUGUCAUCAUGCUGGCUGGAAACAAGACCGAUUUGAACCAUCUUCGAUCAGUUCCAGAUCAAGAUGCAAGACUCUUGGCUGAGAAAGAAGGGUUGUCAUUUCUUGAAACCUCUGCAUUGGAAGCUUUGAAUGUUGAGAAGGCGUUUCAAACGAUUUUGUUGGAUAUUUAUCAGAUAAUCAGCAGGAAAGCUUUAGCAGCUCAAGAAGCUGGUGCUAUUCCUGGUCAAGGAACGGCUAUUAAGGUUGGAGAGAAUUCUGGCAACUCGAAUACGAGACCAUGUUGUUCUAACUAAAAAUUGAGAUAUGUUUCUUCUUCUGUUGUUGUAAUGUAAUAUGUAAGAGUAGAUUUAUGAGUGAUGAUCAGAGUUAUGUGGGUAUAUUUUGAAUUGAGGAAUGACAGAUAGGAAUCUUAUGCUGCUUAAAACUUGUAAUUAAACACAGGUAAACUUUUUGUAAUACUUUUUGCCAUUAUGAUUAAUUUGGAGAAUGAAAUAGUAGCUUAUAACUCAA